GGGGGAGCGAUGCUGCGCUGCCUCUCACUGGAGCUCAGGGCCCGUCACUGGCAGCCGUGAGGGACAGCCCGGGGCCUGGGAGCCGCGCGCUGGGUGUUCGAGGGAUCGAAGUGUCUGUGCUCGGUAUGGUCAGGCCGCCCCAGUGCGCCUUCAGACUGAGAGACCGGGCAGCUCGGUCCUGGGCACAUCUACGAUCACACAUUAUUGCUGGACAAUAAAGUUUUAUACAAGAACAGAAGGAAGUGCUAAUCUUGUUCUUCCUGACAGCGGGAAGAUCUGUUUUGGAUUUUUAAUCAAUGCAAGGGAAAAGGACGAAUAAACAAUGUAUUAACAUCUACUAUUCUGAAUACCUAUUGAAAGAAUUCCAAACAAAAGGAUGGAGUAAAUAAAUAAGAUAAGUUAAUCAAUGGAUAAAGUUGGGAAGAUGUGGAACAAUUUUAAAUAUAGAUGCCAGAAUCUCUUUAGCCAUGAUGAGGAUGGGAGCCAAACCGACAUUGUAGAUGUUAAUGCAAACAGGUGUUUGAGUGGAAGCUCUAAAAACGAUAUCCCUGCCAGUCAGGGUCACCUACAGUCAAUCGUACCUUUUCAGGAGAACGCUGCUUCUGAAGUGAGCUUCAGUUCAUUCAGUAGCAUCAGCAGGAGAAAUCAGAACUGUGUGACUGAAAUGCCUCAGCUGGUUGAGAUUAGCAUUGAAAAAGAGAACGAGUUAGGGCUGAGUGUGGGAACACGUCUAGCGCGCAGAGACUCGUACACCCGCCAUGCUCCAUGGGGUGGAAAGAAAAAACACUCGUGCUCCACCAAAACUCAAAGUUCUUUUGAUCCGGAUAAAAAAAUAAAUAGAACAAGAAGCAGUUUACAAAGGAGAGAGAGAAGACACUGCGUAAAUUCCGUUCACGAUGUGGAGGCAGUUUCGAUCAGGGCAAUAGGAAGCCGUAGUUUACGACAGAGGCUAAAUGAAACUGUAGGAUUGUGCUUUCCAAUUAGGACUUACAAUAGGCCAUCAAAACCCCUUUUUACAAACAAGAGAAAAAUUCAUCUGUCUGAGCUAAUGCUUGAAAAAUGUCCCUUCCCCGCUGGAUCAGACCUAGCCCAAAAAUGGCAUCUGAUUAAGCAACAUACAGCACCUAUCAAUCCGCACACAAAUAUUUUGGACACAUUUGAGCAGUCUGUGGUUUCUACUGAGGACGAAGAAGAUCGAUUACGUGAAAGACGUAGACUUAGUAUAGAAGAAGGUGUAGAUCCACCUCCGAAUGCUCAGAUUCAUACAUUUGAAGCAACAGCACAAGUUAAUCCUGUAUAUAAGCUUGGACCAAAAUUAGCAGCUGGCAUGGCAGAUUUGUCUGGGGACAGUAGUACAUUGUCACAAGGAGGGUGUGAAUCUGAAGAAGAUACUACAACGCUCUGUUUGCAAUCCCGUAGACCAAAACAGCGUCAGGUUUCAGGAGACAGCCAUACUCAAGUGAAUAGACAGGGUGCUUGGAAAGUUCAUACACAGAUUGAUUACAUUCACUGCCUUGUUCCUGAUUUAAUUGAAAUAACAAGCAAUCCUUGUUACUGGGGAGUUAUGGAUCGUUAUGAGGCCGAAGCCCUGUUAGAAGGCAAGCCCGAAGGCACGUUUUUGCUCAGGGACUCUGCACAAGAGGACUACCUAUUCUCUGUGAGCUUCCGCCGCUACAAUCGAUCUUUGCAUGCUCGCAUUGAGCAGUGGAAUCAUAAUUUCAGCUUUGACGCUCACGACCCCUGUGUGUUUCACUCCUCCACAGUCACUGGGCUUUUAGAACAUUACAAGGAUCCUAGCUCCUGCAUGUUUUUUGAACCCUUGCUCACUGUACCUUUAAACAGGACUUUUCCUUUCAGUCUGCAGUAUAUCUGCCGGGCAGUGAUCUGCAGGUCUACCACGUAUGACGGAAUUGAUGCACUUCCUCUGCCAUCCAUGUUACAAGACUUCCUUAAAGAAUAUCACUAUAAGCAAAAAGUCAGAGUACGAUGGCUGGAAAGGGAGCCCUUUAAAUCAAAAUGAAAGCAGCGUUUUAUGUUCUCCAGUCUCUUCCCUGCCAAGAUCUCACCCUAUAGACUUUGCAUAUGCUUUGUGUAUGACUUGGUAGAGAACGUGUUACCUGUAUUUAGAGUUAAUUCAGUAUCACACACUGAGCUUUAAGUGUUUUGAAGUAAUCUAUAUCCUGCUUGCAAAAAAAAAAGCUUGUGCAUUCUUGUGAACUAUGAAGCAGCGUAUUAAACUGCAUGUUCUCAUGAAUGCUUAGAGUAACCGCUUACAUUUCCUUCCUUUGUAGCACCCUUGGGAUGUGAGGUGCCUAAAAGUUUUUGUUUUUGUUUGUUUUUUUAUAUAUAUAUAUUUUUUUCUUUCCCCCUCUCUCUUUCUGUUCCCCACCAAUAUUAUUCUACACAAAGGUGCUGUAGUUGCAAAUGGGAUCGAUCAUGGGAAAACAUGUCUACUAACAAUGUAAUGGUCUGGAAUAAAAAAUCGUUUUUAAAAAGGUUGCUUACCUGGCCUGGUAAGCUAUGGGUGGAACCUAACAGGUUGUGCAACUGAAGGUAAAGUGAAAUUCACUUAACAUAAUUUAGGGCUUUGUAGAUCUGAAAUCUUAACUUUGCCACAUAGAGAGACGUUGGUUCAGAGGAAUAGAAAUACUUAUGCAUAUAUUAUGCACUUGUAUUAAUUAAACACAAACUUGUAUGCCCAACUUUUGCUUUAUGCUCUGAAAAAGCUGAGAUUGGAUUUGAUAUAAAAAUGCUGGUGAUUGAUUCCCUUUUUUAAGUUUCUUUUCUUUUAAAGAACAUCCCCAGUUCUAACACGCGUAGUCUAUAGAUUAUUGUGGAAAUCCCUAGGUCCCUUAAGAAACGUGCAGUAGAUGGCCAAUCUGCCUAGCUGCCGUUGUAUUCGGACUAUGAUUUGAAUGAUUUUUUUUAAUUGGCAGCAAAAUUGUUUUUAGGUUAUACAUCAAAGUGUCAUGUAUUCUACAUAAGUGUACAGUCAUGUUACCGGCAUAUGUGCGCUCACACAAUUAUGUUAUCAGCAAUAUGUAUCCUUAGAUUCCCAAAAAAUCAAGGUAGUCAUAGGUGGUGCUUAAGUUCAGGUGUAAUACCUGUUUGGAGGAGAGUAUUUUAAUUGUGGAUUUAAUGAUUUGUAUGUAUGACUUGUGCCACAACACUUUGUUUAAGCAGUUACUGCAUAACAGAUUUUUAUUUUUAUGGUGCAAUAAAAAAAAAAUGCAAGACAGCGUGGCUACCAUGGGAUCCCCACCUCCUCUCCCCUUUCUCUCCCCCCCCUCCCCUUAUUACUUUUCAUCAUAUGAUCGUCUGUAAGAUGUCCGUGCAAGGAUCUUUAAUUUGUGUAAACAAAACGUGAUUGCAACCUGUAAAAAUGUUCCAGAUUACUAGUUACUACAGUAUCCCGCAUAUACUAUAUUAGAGCAUAUUAUGUGCUGUAAAUAUCCUCACAUACCAGGCGUCUUGCAAUACUUCACAUUUGUACUUAUCGUUCAAAUGCCAUUUAAAAAAAAAA